UCCACCGUGCGCCCACACCCAACCUGCACUGUCUGCCAUAUAGAGGCAGCGCAGCCCUGCAGUGUAUGCAGGACAUUGUCCUCACAGUGCGGCUGUUUGAGGAGAUCUCAGCAGCCAGAGACAACCAGGCUCUGUGCAGCCCGCCCCUGCUGUCAUCUCCCCGCAUUCAUCCUGCUGGGUGUGCGCUCUGCGGCUGCUGGCAUCAUCCAUGUACUGCCAAUGUGGAUAGUGGCUUAUUUACUGUGCAUCAUCUGACUGGAGAAGACAUCUGACUGGCAUCAUGAGCAGCACUGUGUUCCAGCAGCAGGCUGUCCACAGCCCUGUGGAGCAGCAGAAGCAGAAGCAAGGACGAGGAGGAGGCCCCAUCGCCUGUCAGAACUGUGGGAAGCCCUGCAAGGGGGAAGCACUCCGAGUCCAGAACAAACACUUCCACAUCAAGUGCUUCAUCUGUAAAGUGUGUGGAUGUGAACUGGCCCAGGGAGGCUUUUUUGUGCGUCAGGGUGAAUAUAUCUGCACUCUGGACUAUCAGCGGAUGUACGGGACUCGUUGCUUCAGCUGCCAGGACUUCAUUGAGGGGGAGGUGGUGUCCGCCCUGGGAAAGACUUACCACCCUCGCUGCUUCGUCUGCGCCUCCUGCAAACAGCCAUUCCCGGCUGGUGACCGAGUGACAUUUAACGGGAAGGAGUGUAUCUGCCAAAACUGUACCCAGCCUCUCCCUGCCAACAGCCCUGCACCCAUACAGGCUGUCCACAACUGCUGCGGCUGUGGGAAGGAGUUUCAGAAUGAACAGUCCCUUGUAGCACUGGACAAGCAUUGGCACCUGGGCUGCUUCAAGUGUAAAGUCUGCAACAAGGUCCUCAAUGCCGAGUACAUCAGCAAGGAUGGGAUCCCCUACUGCGAGAUGGACUACCACGCCAUGUUCGGCAUCCAGUGCGAGAGCUGCAAGAAGUACAUCACCGGAAAAGUCCUGGAGGCUGGAGAGAAGCAUUACCACCCCACAUGUGCCCGCUGUGUCCGCUGUGAGCAGAUGUUUGCAGAGGGAGAAGAAAUGUAUCUGCAAGGAUCUUCUAUCUGGCACCCUCCAUGCAGACAAGCAGCCAAGCAGGAGGAGAAGAGUAAGAAGCAGGUCCGGAUACAGAUCAAUGACAUCCCUGAGCAAGAGGUUGGUGCUCCUGUGACCCGGACUUCAUCUGAGAGCAUCACUUCAGUCCCAGCAUCCAGCGCCUCGGGCUCUCCCAGCAGAGUCAUCUACGCCAAACUAGGAGAGGAGAUGCUGGACUACAAGGACCUGGCAGCCCUUCCAAAGACCAAGGCUAUCUAUAACAUAGACAGGCCUGACAUGCUGUCCUACUCUCCCUACGUCAGCUACCCAUCUGAGGAGAGGCACUAUGGAGAGUCCCCCCAGCUGCUUUCUCCUACUCCUACUGAGGGCGAUGGGGAGAAGUCACCCCGUCAGCGGAGGCCUUCCAGCCCCAGCUCCAACAGCUCUCUGGGGGGCUACGGACGUUACACCCCGUCCCGUUCCCCCCAGAAUUACAGCCGAGCAGGGCCAGAGGUAUCCCUUGGCAGUAGAUACAGCAGCCAGGGCCGUGACUCCAGUUCUCUUCCUUUGCCCCCAACCGUCAUGGGUGGCAGUAAGUCCCCCUCCAGCUGGGCCAGGGACUCAUCCUCCCUCCCUAUGCACUAUUCUGGAGGGGCUGAAGGGAGUGGUGUUGGUGGAGGUGGUGGCAAGUACUCACCCACACCAGCAAGUGGCAGUGGAGGCUUGUCUUUACACCUCAACCCCACCACCCUGGCCAUGCUGCAGCAGCACAACUUCAUCCCUUACUUCAGAGGUAGUGAAAGUGGUCGGAGUACCCCAAGCUUAUCCACCUACUCUGAUGGCAAAUCCCCUUCCUCUGCUUCUACAUACGUGGCUGCUCCUCGACAUUUCCACAUACCAGAGACUAUGGUCAAAGAUAAUAUCUAUAGAAAACCCCCCAUCUACAGACAGCAUGCUUCUAGAACAUCCUGGCAGGAUGGGGACGAUAGCAAGAGGACCAGUUGGAUGAUUUUGAAGAGUGAGAUUGAUGGACAUAUGGGUCCAGAAGACCUUGAUCCCUGCAAGUCAACCUGCAGUCUGCCCACUGACACUUCUCACCCAAAUUUCCCCUACAGUAAGUCUGCAUCCUUACCUGGCUAUGGAAGGAAUGGCAUCUAUAAGGCUGCUGAGAUGGUGGAGGAUGAAGUGGACCCAGACUCCCAGAGCUGGGGAGGCAUGAGAGAGUACAAGGUCUACCCCUAUGAAAUGCUGGCAGUGACGCAUAGAGUGAAAGUGAAGCUUCCCAGAGACAUAGAUCGCACCAGACUGGAGAGACAUCUAUCACCUGAAGACUUCCAUCGGGUGUUCGGUAUGACCCUCGAUCAGUUUGACCGCCUGGCCCUCUGGAAGAGGAAUGACAUGAAGAAGAGGGCACGCCUUUUUUAGACCAAAACAAAAAAAGGCGCCAAGCAGCAUCUCAACAAGCACCUGUCCUGUCCAGAAGGAAGCAGAAAAGAAAAAAACAACUCAUCUGAAAUAUCUAUAUAUGCACCGCCAUGAUACCCCAACUUUCCACCUGUAAAACGCCAUGCCAUCUGCCUGUGAUGCCACGGAGAGGCACUCCGUGUGGGAACAUUUUCACGAUGUUGAGGCAGCAUCUAUAGCUUUUUGUAUGCAAUGUGGUCCGAAUGUUUGACUGACAACCUUAUGGAGGAGGAAGAGGAGCUGCGUUUGCAUGGCCUGUGUUGAUGCUCCUCGCCUCCCAUGUGGUUUCUGCAUCUGCCCCCGCCCGCCCAUCCAGGCGCAGUCAUACUCCCUGGCAAAAAAAAUAACAGCUUUUUGUAAUUCUCGUGCAGGCCUUCCUCCAGGUUUCUGUGGUUCUGACUGUUUUUUGUGCGCCUUCUUCUACUCUGUCUAUCUUGACUUAUCUCCCUGUUUCUAUCUUGAGUUUUUCACUCACAGCUUGUUUGUUUUCACUUUGCGAGGGUUUAUCAUGUUGUCUGUCUACAUAUCAUUUGUUUUGCCUUUUCUCUCUUGCUGUCUCUCCAUCAUCUUAAGUUGUUCUCCCUGCACUGAGUUCAUUUUUACAUUUUUACACCCUUGCCAUUACUUUAGGACAGUGAAGAGACUGCAGAGUUGUACACAUUGACUGUUGAAGCAUGUCAAGGCCAAAGACAGGGAUAAGAAACUACUUCAGCUUCUCUGAUCUUUUACUUCAAAAACUGUAAAAGCACCUUAUCAUACGCUUUUGUUUUCAAUUUCAAGCUCAAUCAGAGAAGACUGGCUGGGUAGUUUUGACAUGCCUGCCCUGAUACGUUUGAAUGCAGUCCCAUAUCUUACACAAGCCCCUUGUAAAUCUGCACAGAUAGGGGAGCCAAGGCUGGAUAGGGGCCACAACAUGGCAGUGAAUCACAGAUAGAGGGAGGAAUAAAAAAAAGGAGAAUGUGGGGCCCUGCAGAUCCCUCAAUAGACAUACAGUGCAGAAGGUUUCAGGGUGUGCAAAGGUGUCAAACAUGCAGCAUUGCCAGAUUGACAUGCACUCACAUCAACAAAACAAAAAUGAAAUUAUUUUUAUAAGCUAUUUUUGACUUCUGGAAAGGAUCAUUAAAGCAAUCAUGAGACACAGCUGAGAGAAAUCAUGAUUUUGUUACAAGACAAAAAGCCCAUGCUGACUUUGUUAAGCUUCACAGACCUGCAGCAGCACUUAAGCAUAACAAGUGAGGUCUUGCUUGAUUUAAAACUCAAUACUAUAACUGUGUUAUAUCUUCUCAGAUAGAGAUUUAACUCUUUAUAUGUUUGUUGUUUGAAAGCAUUGUUGUGUACAGUCAAAGCUACACAUUUAAGCUGAAGUACAUCAGCUUCGCUUGAUUUCUGGGCAGUAAAUCCAUCAACUCGACAACUAACAUACUGUAAGAUGUAUGUGAACAUAUACUGGACAUAUACCAGAUAUAUUUGUCUGUAUACAAGCCAUGGUGUAUAACUCUUCAGGCAUGCAUGAGGAUGGGAAAAUGGGGUUUUAUCCGAUGACCUCAGUUAAGAAAUGUAUGAAAAUAAUAUCAUCAAUGUGGUUUGAGUGAUUGAUUAUUUUCUGGUUACAUUAAUUCAGAUGAAAGGCCCGGGUCAGCUGCUUACAUUAGCUUGUGUUAGAUAUUUAUUUAAUUGCAAUAUCAAGGAAGGGAUGUUAUUUUGAAAUCUUAAGGGUGUAGUGUCGAGUGAAUGGCACCACAGAGUUUUUGAAGAAAAACAUAUCAAAUUUUUAGUUUAAUCUGAGUGUCAAAUCAAAUUUUGCUCCUGUAAGUAACACACUAACUGUUGUCAUAAACCGUCAUGUCUUCUUUCUAAUAUUCAUCUGCUAUUAAAGUGCUUUAUCCAAACUA